AGCUUAGUGGCAUCUUUAAUGGAAGUGGAUCAAGAUCAGCGACUGACUGCACAAGAAGCCAUAGCCCAUGAAUGGAUUUCUGGCAAUGCUGCCUCAGAUAAGAACAUCAAGGAUGGUGUUUGUGCACAAAUUGAAAAGAACUUUGCCAAAGCCAAGUGGAAGAAAGCUGUUAGAGUGACUACCCUCAUGAAGAGACUUCGAGCGUCUGAGCAGGGUGAUUCUGGGGCCACAGGGGCUCCUGCUGACCCCAACGCUCCGGGUGUUGCUCCUGCUCCUCCAGCAGGUGGCAGUGACAGUGUUGCCACCAAUGUGAAAGCUGGUAGUAGUGAAAAGGCUCCUGACACACAGACUGCCCUCUCCCUGCUCAGUGCAGCCAGACAGGAAGAGCAGCAACAGGCAAGGUGCAAUGGUGAUGUUCCUCAAAUGCUGCCAUAAAGAAAAGGAAACUAGGCGUCAGUCAAAUACAUAAAGAGGAGCAACAAGCACAUGUGCAGUAAAGCCAAUAAACCUGGCAUCAUAAUAUUGUAUCUGUGCUGUCUAACUUUCCCCCAGUUUGCAGAAAUUAGUCCGCAACAACUCAGUUUCAUCCUUUUGCAUUAUGUACUGAUUGGUCUUUUCAAUAGUGUUCGCCACUCUCCCUUGUUAUGUUGCAAAGUAGCUCUUCUGUUGUGUUUGUUUUCCUUGAGAACUGUAAAAUCUUACAGCGUAGUUUAGUGAAAUUAACUUUAUUCAUCAGCCCAUUGUAUAUAGGUAUAUUUGUCUUUGUUUCUGCAAGUUGCUACUUUAGCUUCAGAACUGAAAAUCCUGAGUUCAUAUCUUGUGGCCUAAAAUUAUGAGUUGAAAGAUGUGGUAAUUUAAUGAUACUAAGGUUUUAUUUCAAAUACAAAUACGGAGAGUUUUAUUUAAAAGUUGCUCCUAAAUAGACAGUGAUCCGUCAUCUACACAUGCAGAUAAAGUGAAAAUACAAUUAAAAACCAAAAGAAUUUUUUUUUUCAGCCAUGUUGAAGAUUUCAAACUUGUACAAUACGAGUGCUAUUAAAAUAUUUUUAUAAGACUGUGUAAAAAUACAGUGGAUUCAAUUUGUCACCAUGACUACUGCUGUGCAACUUUUGACAACUUAGAAUUUUAAGGCAACAAGAAAGCAUAUGUUUUAAGUUAAAGUGCCUUAAUAUUUGUUGCAGUCUUGUACUAAUAUGUUUCCAGAGGAAUAACUUGAUUAGAAACGCUUACUAAGUUCAUUGAAAUGUUUUAGCUGUUUUCUUUGCUCUUCCGUUUAGAGUCUUAAGCCGCUGUAUUGAUAAUCGUGUUCUGUCCUCUUUGACACUUCAUUUAAAACACUGAAAACUAGAUGUAGAGCAUUCUAUGUGGAGUGAUGUUUUAGUUGUUGUGUUGUAACUUGUAGCUAGUAAAACUCAGAGUUUAUAGCAGAGUCCAUAUUCUGUACGACUAUGUAUAUUUGCACUGUAUGUGUGUACAUGUGUAUUUUUUUUAAUUAUGUGUGUAUUUAGCAACAUUUAGCUGAGCUAACAAGUUGCUAUAAUGCUUGUGAAUGAAUAAAAUGAGCAAUACUAAUGUUGCUGAAACAAGCUGACA